AGAGAAAUUUAUAGCUCAAAAAUUCCUCCAACGCGUCAGCAACCUUCUCUCUCAUCAGUCUAUCGUCCACGGAAGGAAUUACAAACAGUUCUCUUUCGUUGUAGAAGUUUACCCGCGAAAUUUGCAGUAGAAAACAUGGCUGAUUCGUGUGUUUUGGGGGUUUAUCUGAGACGGUAAGGCUAAAGGACGAGCACGUUUGGAGUUCGAUAUGGCUGAUUCAUCUAAAGAUGAGUUGGUUCAGCUGCUCAAGAGAUUAGGCGAAUACCUUACCAUUAAGAUAUCCAAUCUCUUCUCGAUUUCCCCAGAUAAUCGGAGUAUUCGAAGCACUGGGGUUGGGGUUAUUGCGGGGCUUGCUAUUGCUAUAGUUUUUACUUGGAGGUUGUUGAGAACUCCCCCCACACCUCGAAGAAGACAGCCCAAACGUCUGUCCCAGAGACCUAGUAGUUCGGGAGUCAGUCAUACUGCUGAAGGUAUAGUUGCUUCUGGAGUGAAUUCAUCUUUGGAGGAUUCAAGAGCUCAGAAUGUAAUUGAUGAGUUCUUCCUGCCAGUAAAGCCGACGCUUGGGCAAGUUGUUAGACAAAAAUUGAGUGAAGGAAGGAAGGUUACAUGCCGGUUGCUUGGUGUAAUCCUUGAGGAGAGUCAUCCAGAGGAGCUUCAGAAACAGGCAACUGUGAGGUCUUCUGUGCUUGAAGUGUUGCUGGAGAUUACAAAGUUCUGUGAUCUUUACCUCAUGGAAAGAAUACUGGAUGAUGAAAGUGGGGAAAAGGUUCUUUUGGCGUUAGAGAAUGCUGGGAUUUUCACUUCUGGUGGUUUGGUUAAAGAUAAGGUUCUCUUCUGUAGCAUAGAAAAUGGCAGGACAUCAUUUGUUCGACAAUUGGAACCAGAUUGGCAUAUUGAUACAAAUCCUGAGAUCAUCUUUCAGUUGGCUAGGUUCAUCAAGUAUCAGCUUCACAUCUCUCCCAAUAGAUCUGAACAUACUGCUUCUAAUGUAUUCACCUCCCCAACAUUGGAGCAGUUUUUUGGAUUCACAGACCGAAAUUAAUUCAUAAGUAUACUUACUCAAACUGGAUUGAACCCUUGGUCGCAUUGGCUAAAUUCAGCAUGCUUCAGUGUUUAGAGCCUCUUCUUUGUUUUGGUUGCUGCUCAAGGUAAUUGGGAAAACAAUCAUGAACCCUGGUGCUUGGAGCUGUGUUCUGGUUGCUGGUUACUGAGAUAAAAGACCCAGAAGAUGAUUUGCAGUAUUCCCAUGGAAGAAGCUUUCGAUAUUUUGAAAUUGCGCACGACAUUAACUCCUUUGAAACUUGAGAAUUGACUGUGAAUGAUUUAGUUGUUGAUGUAAUUAUAGAGAC